AUGAUUCCCACAAAUAUUGCCCUCCCAUCGGGUGCCCUUCCCUUCCUAGGGUUACUUGUGACCGUCCUCGCAUGGUUAAUAGCGAAAUGGCCAAUUCACCGUAAAUCCAGUCCUCAAAUACAACAACCAGAGAAAGAACCAUUCACCAAACCACUUCCCAGCCCUUCUCCUCAUGAUCCUACUUCAAAUUAUCCCAAAUUGUACCGCCCAUUCCGACAUGGCCCUAACUUUAUUACCAUGGGAAUUCGCAAACUGCACUGGGACAACUGGAUCGAAAUGGAUUCUUACUUCCUGCGAUACCACGAUAUGAAAGCAGCGGAAUUGGAAAAGAAUUUCAAAGAACACGUCAAAUAUGUCGAUAAUGCAGUCACGAAAGAUGCUUGCUUUGAGCUCAAUGAGGAAUUGGUUCUUCAUCUCACACAUCGCUAUCCCAAGAUCUUCCGAUUGGAAGGAGGGAAGGUCCAUAAUAGUCUUACUGGAGAGGCGUUUCCGUUUCCAGCAGCAACCCCCGAUGAGGCCCUCGCAACAUCAGCCCUGCUGGUUCAGGAUGAUCUAGUGCUGAUGAUAAAGAAUGACGAUGGCGAAUACCACCUUGACGCAGCUGCGGUCUGUCUCCCUGGCUUCUGGCGUCUUAGAGAGAAAUUCCGCAUGUCCCUAGAUACGCUUCACUUCGAAGCCGGCGUUCCUCAUUAUGCGGCCAAGUUGCAAAAGGCCAUGAAUAGGUUCAUGCUGAAGCUUACUCCGGACAAGCCAGUGGAGAGAAACAAUUUCUUCAUCCAACUCGACGACGGACUUCACUGGUCCCACCGCAUGGGCGAUCAACAAGGAACAGAAGUUGCCUCAUGGGCUACUGCCAACGGUAAAGGUCUGACCAUCGACGAGAUCCAUUUCCGCUCAGAGCGACAGACACUACGUCGGCUGCCUCGCUCGGGGGCAAUUUUGUUCACCAUUCGCACUUAUUUCGAGCCAGUGACAAAAUUAGCUCAGGAGCCUCAUAUCCCAGGUCGUUUAGCAGAGGCUAUUCGGAAUUGGGAUGAGACUGUUUCUUAUUAUAAAGGCAAGUCCAGUUGGGAUAAGAUCUUGAUGCCAUAUCUGGAAGAGCAGGAUCGCUUGCAGAAGGAGCAGGGACUUGUUGAGGAGACUGAGGGUGAAUUUCCUUAUUAA